GUACGCCCCCCAGGUGGUCACACCCGAGCUCAACGCGCUGCUGGUGGAGGCUGGAGCGGCUGUGAUUCCGAGUCAGGGCGCUUCAGAAAGGCCCAAUCAAAGGGAGCAAUGCGGCACCGCGUGCUGGCAGGGCUGAAGGAGGUGGGGCAGGCGGUGCGCAGUGGGAGGGCCAAGUGUGUGGUGCUGGCGCCUAACGUGGAGGAGGUGAGUGGGGCAGGUGAGGAGAGGGGGAUGAGGGGAGGGUGGUGA